CUGUGCUAGUAAAAUAUUGCUCUCCAUUCCAUUAUCAUUCAAAAAAGCAUAUAAAUGGAAGAAAAAGCUGUUUCUUAAUCUUCAAUCAUCACACCCUUUUUCUUCUUCUUUUAGUCUGGAAAAUAAUUACAUAAUUAUAUCACAUUUCAACUUCCAAAAAGAAUAUCAACACAAAGUUGGUUUCCUUUUUCUUACUGCUUUGAGUUUUCUUUGUGGAGACUAGUCCUUGAUUCUUCUUCCAUUUACAUAAUUGAAGUUUUUCUUCAUCCAACAUCUUUUGAAAGAUCUCAGCAUUUAUCUGAUGGAUAUACUAGCUGGUUGGGAUAAUCUGCCAAGAACAGUCACGAACACAUCGAACAUUCAACCGCGGUUUUGGAGCAGCCAACAGCAUGAUAUAGGAGGGAAUAACUCUAUGGUUUCAUCCAACAACAUUGUAGGUGGUGGAAGUAUGAUGAAUAAUCAAGGUGAUGGAUUUUUCCAUCCAAAUCAUCCUCAUCAUCAUGAGUUACUCCAAGGAAUGAAAACAAGCGCAAGUAGUUUGCAUUCGAAUAGAGUGGUGCAACAAUUAGCUCCAGCAGCAUUGGAUUCGGUUAAUGUUGUUGGUUUGAAUUCGUCGAAUAACUUACUGAUGAAUAAGCAACAAGAACUGAGUAAUGUUGAGUUAUGUUCUUCUCCAAUGAUGAACAGACCUUACAAUGUUAUUAGUCCGUAUAAUGGUGUGUUCACUGCAACUAAGGUCGGGUCUUUAAUGGAAUCACUUGAUUGUUUGAUGUCCGUUACGAAAAAUACUGGCACCGAAAGAAUAACAUCCGUAGAAGAUUUAUGGGAUUUUGGUUCUGGAUCAAGUGUUGUUUCGUCGGGAGAAUCUCAGAAUAACAAAGCAAAUGAAGAGAGCAAAUGGCAAGUAAACGAACUUGAUGAAACAGUUUCUCAAGGUUCUUCAAAUCCUAAUUGUGUUAACAUUAAUGGUGUAAUAUCUUCAAAUACUAAUAAGUCUAAUUCUUUGAAGAGAAAAGAUGGCAAUGGUGUUAGAGAGAACGGGAGUUAUCCAUUGUUUGAUCUUAAGUCAGAUUGUUUUACGACGGAGGCAGGUUUUCAACUCGUUGCGGAGAACCCACAGAAGUCAAAAAGAUCAAGAUUAGAGCAGUCAUCCAAUAUUAAUUUUCAGCAUCCGGAUUCAUCAGUGUCUUUCACUGAUGAGCCUGACACAGAAGCCAUUGCACAAAUGAAAGAAAUGAUUUAUAGAGCUGCAGCAUUCAGGCCGGUGAACUUAGGAUUGGAAGUGGUGGACAAGCCUAGAAGAAAGAAUGUUAAAAUCUCAUGUGAUCCACAAACAGUAGCUGCAAGGCAAAGAAGAGAAAGGAUAAGCGAAAGAAUCAGGGUGUUGCAAAAGUUAGUUCCCGGUGGAAGCAAAAUGGACACUGCAUCAAUGCUCGAUGAAGCUGCAAACUAUCUCAAGUUUCUCAAGUCACAGGUCAAAGCCCUUGAAACCAUAGGUCAAAAGCUGCAGUCUAUGAAUCCUACUUCACUAUCAACACCACAAUUCGAUAUCAACAGUGCAUUUUCCAUGCAAACCCUUUUCCAGUUCCCAAAACCAUAACCAUAUUCCCACCCUAAAGUUAGAAGGGAAAAAAAACAAUUCAUACACACUUCAAAGGAGCGAAACUCAGACAGACCGCAUGACAUUUUAAAUAUGUGGAUGUGUAACGUCAAUGUAUUUAUCGAUAUCUUUCGGUCUUUUUCAGUCUCUAUU